AUGGACCGGCCCGAGCUGCAGAAGCGCGUGGCGGCGUACUGUGAGGCGCGCGGGCAGCAGGAGCACUGGACCGAGGUCGGGCCCUUCACCACGGUCACUCCGCUGGAAGCGCUCGGGAGCAACCUCAUGGGGAAUGAUAAGUGCGUGGGGGAGGGGGUGGGGAAGCCAGUGUUCUUUGACCACAUGGUGCUGCAGAUGGUGCCGGUGGUGGCGCUCAUAGUGCACCGCCUCAUCGAGAACGAUGCCAUGGAGACGGCCGACCGCCUGCUCGCGCUCUACAACUCGCCGCACAAGCACCUGCUCACGUACCACCCGUCGCGCUUUGCGUUUGUGCGCGACACGCUCGCGUACUUCUACCCCGCGCUGCCCAACCAGCUCGUCAUUCAACUGUUCAGCAUCCUCGACCUCACCAGGAUCCCCUUUGCAGAGGCCUUUCUCAGGCAGAUGGACCCCUCGCUCUCCUCCGCUGUCGACCUGCCUCCUCUCUCCUACUUCCUCCGCCUUCUAGAAACCCUCUGCCAGCACAUCAUCCCCUCUCUCCCCGCCCCUCUCCCCGCCACCUCCGCCCCCUCCCCUUUCGCACCUCUCUCCCCUCUAGACUAUUUCCACUCCAUCUCCUCCCCUCCUCCUGCGCCCCCAGUCCAACCCGUGCAAAUCCCGGGGCUUGGGUCCUUUUCUCCUUCCUCCUUCUCCCUCUCGUCACCCCUCCCAACCGCUCUCACUCUCCGAUCACCGCCUUUCUACGAGCACUUAGACACGGGGGGGUUUGCCCAGCUGGUACUGGAAACAGCAGUGCUGGAAAUCCUCUCGCUCCCUCUGCCCCCGCCUCGCAACUCCCCUGUGGAGAUUCUCUGUGCGCUGCUUGCUGCUGCGGCAUUCCCUCCUCUCCAUCCCAACGCGGUCGAAGCUUCUGCUGCUGCUGCCGCUGCUGCUGCCGCUGCUUCUGCUGCUUCUGCUGCUUCUGCUGCUGCCGCUGCUGCUGCUGCGGCAACUGGGGAUGCAGGCGGGAGGGGGGGUGGAGGAGGGGUGAGGGUGGGUGGGGGCGAUGGGGCAGCAGCAGGGGGAACGGAUCCGAUGAUGGUGGAUGGAGCAGAAAUGAUGGAUGAUAUGAAAGAGGGAGAGGAUGGAGAGGAGGAGGGAGAGGAGGAGGAGGAAGGUGGCGAGGGUCAUGAGGGGGAGGUGGAGGAUGAUGUGGGAGCAGGGUCUCGGCUUGUGGACAUGCUGCUCAUGGACCCCUCAUGGGCUAUUGGCAACGCCACCUGCACUGAGCUCAGCAUCUGGACAGCAGCAGUGCAUGCGAUGAUGUACGCGCUGCCAUUCGAUCGCAUAGAGGGCACCCACGCACUGCUCGUGCUGCAGCGCCCCAUCCGCUCCCCCGCCCACCUGCGCCUGGUCUUCCGCCUCGUCGCACCCAUCCUGCCCCGCACGCCCAUCUCCAAGUCUCUCUUUGCCAAGGUGAGGCGAUUCUGUAACCCUUGGGACGGUGUUAUUGUCAUGCUGCAUGUGCUACUAUGCUGCAUGUGUGAUGGCCCCACCUCUCACUCCCCCCCUUCCUUUCCCUCCCACCCCCUUCCGGCUCCCUUCGCCCCUCUCUCUGCCGGUCCCCACCAGACGAUAGCGCUGCUGUUUUCAGCGAUAGCAGACGUGUUUGGAGUGAACUCAUCACCGCAAGUGACAGGCCCAGCCCUGGUCUAA